CCGUCUCAUCCAACAUGGCCGCCGCCCGGCUCGCAGCUACAUUAAUUGCAUACCGCUAGUAACCUGUCAAACAGCGACGUGACUCGCGAGUCAGCCGAAAAUUCGACUCGCGCUCAGGCUAACGCAGGCAACAUGGGGAUCUUCUUCUCGAAGAAGAAGCAGCCGAGUCGCGUCACCGAGCACGACAAGGCGGUCCUGCAAGUGAAGCAAACGAGGGACAAAAUCAAGCAGUACCAGAAAAAGAUUGAGCAGAAUUUGGAGAAAGAGCGAUUGCUCGCAAAGGAACUCUUAAAAAGUGGAAAGAAGGACCGGGCGUUGCUCCUGUUGCGCAAGAAAAAGUAUCAGGAGCAGGUUCUGUCACGCGCGGACGGACAGCUGGAAAAUCUUGAGCGUAUGGUCCAUGACCUGGAGUUUGCUCAAAUUGAAAUCAAAGUUGUCGAUGGCCUAAAAGUCGGUAAUAACGCACUGAAGCAGCUCCAUGCUCUGCUGUCUAUCGAUGACAUCGAGAAAGUUAUGGACGAGACAAUGGAGGGUAUCGAGAAGCAACGGGAGAUCGAUGAAGUAUUAUCGUCAACGAUCACUGCGGACGACGAAAUUGAUGAGAGCGAAAUUGAAGCGGAGCUGGAUGCUUUGAUGGAAGCAGAAAUCGAGGAGAAGGCUCCCGAAAUUCCGAGUGACGUUCUACCGGAAGUGCCAAAGGAAUUGCCAGAGCGGGAUAAAGAUCGUACAAAAGAAAAGAUUCAGGAGCCGGUUGCAGUAAUGGCGUGAAACUUUCAGGAACUGACAAAGACUUUUGUUAAGAUAAAGACUUCGUGCAAUAGCCUAUGUAUGUAUAUAUAUGUACAGUGGAUAAGAUUUGUAACAAAAGUAUAGUUUGUAAGACCUAUUUACAGAACUUGUCAAGACUUUAGCUAAAAAGUAAAUAACUUUAACCGCUUACUGUGUAUGUUAAAAUAUGAUAUUUAAUAGUAAAAUUCGUUUUGCAAUGUAUAUUUUAUCGGAAUACGAAAAUGCCAUGAUGCAAAAUAAGUUGUGUGAAUAAACAUAAUUUUUCGAUAUCUUGUA